UUGGAAUUCACAUAUCUGUCUCUAGGUUCACAUUUGUGUGGUAAGUGAAGUGAACUUAAACAUUCUGACUCUCUGUCUGUCUGUGUGUCUGUUUCCAAUGCAUUCAAUUCUAUAUACAAUGCAUUCAAUUCUAUAUCCAGAUAUCAUUUGAUUGAUGAAGUUGCUGCUCAAUUUCUGGAAUUGUUGAACCACGUUUUUCAAAUUUAUGGCAACACAAGCUCUUUGGUAUAGGAGAUGGGAGAUGGCUCAGUAGUCAACAUAGCCUCACAAGAAGGAGUGCAUCAAAGGAGAUCCUCUGGGUCCUGUCUUAUUUGCUGUCACUCUUCAUCCAAUUUUGAAAUCUAUUUAAGACAAAUAUCCCAGUUUGAUGCUUUUGCUAAUCGUGAUGACACUUUUUGUUGUCAGUCCUGAUAAUGACCUAAUGAAGGCUUUAUCUGAUUUGAAGAUGAGUGUGGCUAACAUUAACCUAGAAAUUUGUCAAAAGAAAUGUAAGCUAUUUGUUGGAUUUGAUUCUGAGGAUGCUAAGCUCUUUUUGUUUGAGUAUCCACAAAUGGGUUAAAGAUCUUAGGAGUUCCAAUAGGACUUGAGACCUAUGUCAGUCAAACUUGGGUUAAAGCUAAGGAAUCUAGUCAAACCUUUUGCUCACACCUGGCUGAAUUGAAUGAUCCUCAGAGUGCUACACUUCUAUUGAGACAUUAUCAUAUACCACGUCUAAAUUGUCUUGCUAGAGCAGUGUCCAGGUCUUCUCCAAGAAGCUGCUAGGAUUCAUGGCACCCUUACUCGGGUCACUUAUGUUGAUGUAAUGGGACUUUCAUCACUUGAUAAUAACAAAUGGGAUGAAGCUGUUUUGAAGAUAAACUAUGGUGGACUCGGAUUAACUUCAGUUGGCAGUGUAUUGCCUUCUUCCUUUAUAGCAGCUUGGGCACAUUCGUUCAAUGAAUUACCUAAGAGAUUUCCACAAAUGGCGGAUGAGAUUGGGCAUCUGGUCUCCAAUGUGAGUACAAAACACGUCAAACCGUCUGGCACAUCUAUUGGAGCUUCUCUAACGACAGCCAUUGAUAACUUGCCUUUUGAAAGUUCAGAAGAGAGCACUGACCCACAACAAAGAUCUUGCCAUGAUCUUUUUUCUAAACCUACAAAACUGCAACUUCGCCGUAGUGAUUCUAGUGCAAAGUCAUCAGCAGAUAAAGUGUUCAGCUCUUUUACAUCAGAUAAAGACAAUGCAAGAGUUAGAUCUGUUACGGGAAAAGCAUCUAGUGCUUGACUGUUCGCUUAGCGUAUCGGUAGAGGUUGGGUCUGCAAAUGCCAUUUAGCAAUUGGAUUGCCCAAUGUGAGUGCAGCAAAGGUGUCGAUAAAGAAGGCUAUCACCUGCUUACCUACAAACAUGGAGGUGGGCCUGCUUGGGUGCACAACAUUUUGUCAUGUUGGAAUGAAUGUCUUAACGAGCUCCAAAUAUUUUACCACAAGGAACCACGAAACAGGUAUGCACAGUCAGAAAAUUGUCCAGAUAUUGUGUUUUUUGUUUGGAGUUUGUGGAAGCUAUUGAACUGGAUAUUUCUUUGGCGCAUCCAUGAAGUACUUGAUACCGUCAAACGAUCAGGGCAGGUAGAUGGCUAUGCAUCACUGAAGAGAGAAAAGAAAAAAUUGAAAAAUAUGAACAGGAAGUUUUGCUGACUGACUCUACACCGACAAUUAUCCCUCUAAUCUUUGAACAUUUUCGUCGCUUGUACGAGUCGGCAGAAUUGUUUCUACAAGAACUGGCAAAGAUGCAGAAGCUAUUGGAGAUACCAAAACAGCAGUAGAAUUUCUCACUGACUUUGGACGGCGCCUUUCUGUUCUAUUACAG